UAGAACCGCCAUCUUGAAAAGUGCUAUCUAAUGGUCUCCCUUUUCCCGCCUGCCUGAACCUGCUGUAAACUGUUUAUUUCUCACUUUAGCGGCCUGUUGCCGUCGUGGUUUCUGUUCAGGGGGCUGGAGGAGAGGGGUUUUUUUGAGCUACAUGUGGCGGACUGGACGCUGCCCGUGGUUUGUCGGUGUGCAUUGACUGGUUCGUGGGAGCUGUGCUUUCUUCCUGCAUGUGUCCAGCACCCAAGGGUUUCUCUUCUUUUGGCUGCUGGUAGACCCUGUAAUGGGCAAGAACUCCCCAAGAGCACAAGCAUCAUUUUAUUUUUGAUUGGAAUUUAUUUUCAGGUUAUAGCCUCAACCAGUGGCACAAUGUUCUGGAAGUUUGACCUGCACACAACGUCCCACAUCGACACCUUGCUCGAGAAGGAGGACGUGACCCUGACGGAGGUCAUGGAUGAGGAGGAUGUUCUGCAGGAAUGCAAGGCUCAGAACCGCAAAUUAGUGGACUUCCUGGUGCGGCCACAGAGCAUGGAGGAUCUGGUGACGUACAUCACUCAGGAGCCCUCUGAGGACAUGGAUGAGAAGUUGAAAUACAAAUAUCCUAACAUAUCUUGUGAACUCCUUACUUCUGAUGUGGGCCAAAUCAAUGAUAGGCUGGGUGAAGAUGAAGGUUUACUGAUGAAGCUCUACAGCUUCCUGCAGAACGAACCUCCCUUGAACCCUCUUCUGGCUAGCUUUUUCAGCAAGGUGCUGAGCAUUCUCAUCAGCAGGAAGCCUGACCAGAUUGUGGAGUUUCUACGCAAGAGGGAAGACUUUGUGGAUUUAAUGAUUAAACAUAUAGGGACCUCUGCUAUCAUGGACUUGCUGCUCAGGAUGCUGACAUGCAUCGAACCACAGCAACUUAGGCAGGACGUUUUAAACUGGUUGAACCAGGAAAAGAUUAUCCAGCGGCUUGUAGACAUGGUACAGCCAUCUCAGGAUGAAGAUAGACACUCAAAUGCAUCCCAGUCACUAUGUGAAAUCAUCCGUCUCAGCAGAGACCAGAUGUUCCAAGUCCAGGGUGGCUCUGAACCCGACCCCUUACUGGCCACACUGGAAAAGCAGGAGACGGUAGAGAAGUUGCUAUCCAACAUUUUUGACAAAGAGAAGAAUGAAUCUGCUAUAGUCAGUGUUAUUCAGAUUCUGCUGACCCUCUUCGAGACCCGGCGGCCUGCGUUUGAAGGCCACUUAGAUAUCUGCCCUCCUGGAAUGAACCACCCAUCAUUCUCGGUCAACCAGAGCGUGCUCGAGGCCGUCAAGCUCAGGCUGAAACACUUUCAUCAGCUGCUUCUGGAGCCCCCAAAGAAGAAUGUCAUGAAGACUACGUGGGGUGUGCUGGACCCUCCAGUGGGUAAUACUCGGCUGAAUGUGGUCCGCCUGGUUGCCAGCCUUCUGCAGACUAACACACACGUUAUCAACCUGGAGCUCAUCGAUCUCAACACUGUCGGGGUCAUACUUGAUAUGUAUUUCAAAUAUAUAUGGAAUAAUUUCCUGCACAUACAAGUAGAAAUCUGCACUGCAAUGAUCCUAGCCAUGCCCCCUGCCCUUAAUGGCCCUGCCGAAAUCAACCAAGAUAGUGACCAAGAACCUGUCCGCGAGAACCACCUCGUUAAACACCUGUUCCAGAAGUGCCAGUUGAUACAGAGAAUACUGGAUGCGUGGGCCUCCAACGAGAAGGAGCAGGCUGAGGGUGGUCGUCGGCGGGGCUACAUGGGCCAUCUGACCAGAAUAGCCAACGCCAUUGUGCAGAACAGUGACAAGGGUCCCAACAGCGCACUCAUCCAGCAGCUCAUCUCAGAGCUCCCGGAGGAUGUCCGGGAAAGAUGGGAAGCGUUCACCUCUGGUCCUCUAGCAGACACAAAUAAGAAGAACACUGUAGACUUGGUAAAUACACACCACAUCCACUCAUCCAGUGAUGAUGAGGUAGACUUUAAGGACAAUGGAUUUCAUCAGGAUUCCUCCUUACAACAGGCCUUUUCUGAUUAUCAGAUGCAACAAAUGACGUCCAAUUUUAUUGAGCAGUUUGGCUUCAAUGACGAGGAGUUUGCCGAUCAGGACGAUGUCGUGGAUAUUCCCUUUGAUAGAAUAUCAGACAUCAAUUUUUCCUUGAAUACAAAUGACAGUGCAAACAUAGCUCUCUUUGAAGCCUGUUGUAAGGAGAAGAUCCAGCAGUUUGAAGAUGCUGGAUCGGAUGAGGAUGACAUCUGGGAUGAGAAAGAUGUCACCUUCGCCCCUGAAGCACAGCGGCGCCCUCGAAGCUCUGGCAGCACCGACAGCGAGGAGAGCACAGACUCGGAGGAGGAGGAUGUCAAACGAGAUCCUUUUGAGCCCAGCAACAGUGCUCCUGAUGAGAGAAUGGAGGUAGAUCCUGGUGAAGCUCCCACCUGGACAGCUAACUUUGACGACGUCCCUAUGGACACGGGCAGUUCAACAGCAGCGGGAGGGUCCUCCACAGGAUGCGUGGCUGCCAUUGCCAUGCCGGAGCCUGACGGGUGGGAGUCUAGCCCCUCUGGGGCAAAGGAGACGGGCUGGGCUGAUUUCAGCAACUUCUCUGCUGUUACCAGCCCUAAAGAUCCACUGAGGAGCAGCUCCCCUGUGGCUAUGGAGACCAACACGGAGACAGUGGACCCCCUUGGGGUUAAUGCCCCUGCAGGGUCAGACCCGUGGCCUGUAGAUGAGCCACCCGGUUCCACGGAGGAGGAGCCGCCCACCGACCGCAUCACAGAGACAGUCACCAACGGCUCCAUGAAAGAGACCGUCAGCCUUACUGUAGAUGCCAAAACCGAGACUGCUGUUUUCAAGAGAGUGUUGAAAUCUUAUCGUGAGGAAGAGAAGUCAUCUACCUCUGAAGAUCCAUCGGUGAAGUACACUGUGGCGGAGAGCGCCGAGCCGGACAGGAGCCUGUCUGCGUCAGCCCAUCCGGCCGGCAGCUUUCAGAAACAAAGUGCAAAGCACUUAGAAGAGAAAAAGUCUCCAACUGAAGCUUUAAAUGGUCCCCUGGAACAAGUGGCUGCAGUGGAGGAGCCCAAGACAGACCAGCGCGUUCCCUCGCCAGAGGCCAUGGUGAACGGACCAGCAUGAGGGGCACAGAGCCGCCCACCUCUGCCGCGCACAGUUCCUCUUCGGGGGGGGCUCCAGUAGGGGGGCAGUGCCAGCUCGGAGCCGGAGCCACCGCUGCACUAACUUUACCAGAUCAGGACCAGCAAUAUUCAACAACAUCGGUUUUACAGAGAGCUGUACAGAGGAUUCGAACUGUAUGAAGAGAAACCAACGAGCGUACUCAAAUCUAAUGGAUAGAGACCUUUUUUCCAUUUGUUUAUAUACUAUUGUUCUUAUAAGAUCUGUCUGAUAUCUUGCCACUCAAAGUUAAUAGUAAUGUUGCUAUAGUUACAAUGAUUGUAUGAAUAAAGUAUUUUAUAAAAGAAAAUGUAUACAGAAACCGAAAGUAACUGAAAUAAACCAAUUGGAACAGUGUGACCAAAAAAAAGCUGUUUUUGAUAGGGAUUUUCAUCUUGCACAAAUUGGAUAUUUAAUUUCCAUCUAAGUGAAAUGGCAACAGCUACAGUGAAAUGUGUUGCUCUUCGGAGUAGGUUGGUAUUUUUAAGAUGAUUAGGAAAUUUAUCAUUUUGAAAGAAUUCAGCAAAAGGAUUUUUUGCUACACGUAUUAUUUGUAAAUGUUUCUUGUAUCCUUAAAACAAGCAAAAUUUGAAAACUUUUGGUAUAGUUUUUAAAGUUUAUUUAUUACCGAGAAGUAGUGGAUGAUGUUAAGUUACUAAAAGACAUAAGCUUGCUCCUGCUUGACAAAUUGAGAAUUGCAGAACCCCCACCCCACCCCCCCCGCAAACCA